CUUGUACCUAAACUCGUCUCGUACUUUACCUAUUCCUCUUUUUUAAGUGUCUCAAAACUCUUCCAAAUUCCCUUCUCUAUUCCCAUAUAAUCUAUGCUCAUCCUCUAUUAGCUUUUUUUUCCUUUUUGUUUAUUUCCUUUUUAUUCAAUUCUUUCCCCUCCCUCCCCUUCCUUAACUCUCAACUCGCGCCUCCAACCCCAAUUCGGGCGGUCCUUGUGUGCGCCCUUGUGGUUCUGGCGCUGACCUCUCUCGUGAGGCUGCAUCUUUGAUCAUUACCUCUUUUUACCCGCUUUUUCUUCCCACUAGCCGCACCUUGUUUUCCCACACCCCCUUCGUCCAACCUCCGUUCUCCUUCUACUCUCUUCUCUCCAUUCCGGAGAAUUACCAGAUUCCCAUCAGAAGAUAUGUCUGAACCUCAAACAAGGUCAUCUGCCUCCCGUGGCAGGGUAUCCGCUCGUGGCGGUCGCGGUGGCUAUAGCUCUAGAGGAGGUCGAGGUGGUAGCAGAUCUGCAAAGGCAGACAACUCAGACAACACACCCACUACGUUCGAAGAUGAGGGAGAAAUCGGUCAGAUGAAGAAGAAAUAUGCAAACACUCUACCCAUGCUAAAGGAAUUGUUCCCUGACUGGACGGACGAGGAUCUCGUCUUCGCUUUGGAGGAUGCAGACGGCGACCUCGAGGAGGCAAUUGAUCGCAUAACUGAAGGUAACGUCUCUCAGUGGGGAGAGGUAAAGAAGAAGACUACAGAUCGGAGCCGCCCCAAGCCAAAGGAGGCACAGAGCACCCCGACCGAGUCGACUACUGCUCCCAUCCGAGGAGGCCGUGGACGCGGUGGAUUUGAGAGCCGUGGAGGACGUGCUCGUGGAGAUCGUGGCCGUGGCGGCCGUGGCGGUCGGGCUGGUGUCCAUGCCAAUGGCAGCCGCCCCGAGAAGCCAGCCGCUCCUACCACGGUGGAGACAGCUACCCCCGAGGCCACAAAGAUCGAGACAGCAGCCGAUGCUGAAUCUACAGUUCCAGAACCAGCCGAUGUCUCCAAGGAAAGCCCCAAGGAUGUGUCGAAGAGCAAUGUGAUCCCCGAGGGUACCAAAAAGGGCUGGGCUAGCUUGUUCGCGAAACCGGCGCCUCCUCCCCAACAGAAACCUACUGCUCCCGCACCCGCUCCAGCUCCAGCUCCAGCUCCGGUUCCCGCACCCGCUGCUGCCCCUGCUCCUGCCCCUGCCUCCGCUCCCGCUCCCAUUCUUGAGAAGCCUGCUGCCGAACAAGUGUCCGAGCAGAAGGAACAGAAGGACCAGAAAGAACAGAGAGAGAGGAAGGCACCUGAACCUGCUCCCGUCCCCAUCCUGCCCCUAGUUCCUGUUCCGAUGGAGAAAGCACCUGAGCCGGCUAUCCCUCAACCACUCGGAAAGCCUGCUGCUCCUGCUGCGGUGCCGGAAGUCGUGGCGCCUAAGGACGAUUUGACCAGGACGAAUCUCGCGCAGAUCCCCGAUGUCUCUCCCCCGGCCCCUACAGCUACCGCGGCCAGCACUGUCGGUAGCGCUCUGGAUGCCAACAAUGCUGCCGCUGCCGCAACGCCCACCCGACCUGCACCUGCCUACCCAACAAGCGCACUGAAGCACAGCGUUCGGGCCCCGGGUGCGCAGCGCCGUGUGAUGGAGCAACAAGAAGCAGUUGUCAUGCCCGGAAACCAUGCCGUGGACCGGGCUGCAGUGCAGUUUGGCAGCAUGGGAUUGAACGGUGAUGCUGCCGACGUCGAUAUCGAUGAAAACCGCGAAGAUGCUGAAACUCGUGCUCAACCUCCUCAACACUCCCCCGUGGCUCCUCGUGCCUCCUUGCCUCCUUCCACUCAGACCCAGGCUCAGGCUUCGACCGAGAGCCCCGCUGUGUCGCGCCCAGCGCCUGGGCUUCCUCCUGUUCCUCAAGUCUCUGCUGCCGACUCUUCCUUCAACGAUUUCGCCCGCUAUACUGAUACUCACAAACCCUACGACCCCUUUAGCCAGCAGGUGACCCAACCUCAACCUCAAAUCCAAGAACCAUUUGCCAACCAAGCUCCCGUCCAGCCAACUGUGUCCACUGGUAGCGAGUAUUCUCCCUUCUACGCGGUUGACCAGCGUCUCCCUUACAACUACUAUGGCACAUAUGGUCAAUCCCAGGAUGCCACCGUUGCCCAGAGAGCUGCCGCCGGAUUUGGCGUCUCAGGUGCGGAGGUACAACCCCACGUACCUACCACUCAGCCUCCCAGCCGUUAUGGCCAUGUCGAUGCACCCAACAGCGGCCAUAACACUCCCAACCCUACCCUUCCCGGCGCUACUCAGACCCCGACGGCACAGCACAUGCCCGGCCAGGGCGCUCAUACCUACGGAUAUGGAUACCCUUAUUUCUCCAACCCUCAUUAUGCAUCGUACAUGAGUCAGAUGAGUGGCGGACACCAAUAUGGCCGGAACCGUCCUAUGUAUGAUGAUGCUCGCAGAUACGACGAACACUAUAUGCCCCACACUGCUCAGUAUGGCUAUGGAAGCCAGUAUGGUCCCUAUGGCAAGGCUGGAAUGUACGGCCAGCCUCACGCCUUUUCUUACGAUCACUCUUCCUCGCCCGCAACUACCGGCAGCUUCACCCAAGCUAUGCCCGGCCGUGACACUGUCUACGGCCGUACCGGAUCUGCUCAACCAUCAGAGAGCCAGCAGUCUGCGGCAGGCUCGAACUCUUUCGGAUCCGGCAUGUCGGACGUCUUUGGUCGGUCCCAGGGUGGCUUCGGGCAGAAUCAGCCCAUCUCCCAGCAGCCCCCAGUAACUACAGAGGAAACGAAGACCUUUGACACACCCAAGGCUGCUGGCCCCAGCCCUUCUCUGGCGCAGGCUAACCGCCCUGGCUCCGCAACCAACAGCGUGCCAGGUCAGCCUCAAGCUCAAACUGGCCUUCCUCCUCUACAAGGCCAGCAGGGUCAGCAGAGCUUUGGCACCUAUCCUCAACUGAACCCUCAGUAUGGGGGUCUAGGUGGCCUUGGUGGACACCAGGCUGCCGCUACCCAGUCCCACCACCAGGCCACUGGAUACAACAACUACGGCGGCGCUGGCUUUGGUAACUAUUAUGGCAACUCCGGUCGCGGUGGCUGGGGAGGCAAUUACGGUCACUAAAUGAUGAUGACGUUGCAUUUUCCUGGAUGACGGAAUCCAUAUUUACUUGGCUCAGGGGUGGUCACCCUGGAUCAAAAGCUUUCUAUAUUUCGUGUGUUGUUACUUUAUGUCACUCUCAAGUGUGUAAUCUCUACUCUCCGUGGGAGCUUGGCUGGCUUUUUCAUUGGACUCGAUUUGUUAUGCAGGGUUGCGCUCAUGAUGUUGUAUUGAACUGGAAAAAAAUGUUACCUUUCUGUUUCCCUUUUUUCUUUUUAUUAUUACUUUCCUAUUUGAUUCUGUACGGUUUCAUGGCAUUGACCGAUGUCUUAUGUUUGUUCUGAAUUUCCAUGAUUCUCUUUCACGAAAUCUUACUUCCCUUUUGCUCUUGUCUGCCUUGCAUAUCUUCCGCUUUCCUGUACUACAUAUUGGGGUUCAGUUGGGAUUACAUCUAUGCAUUGACUGGGUUACGACAGGGAAUGGGGGAAUAAAGAAUGCAAGAAUAAAACCGGGCGGCGUUAUAUCGUGAUGGCCAGCCGAAGCAA